CCGCCUAAACCCCGUCCCACUACCGGUUCCGACGUCGCAGCGACGUCGCUCUACGCCAGGCACCGCCUCUGUCGGAAGUGGGCCACCUCUUAGUCCGUCGUCUGGAGAAAACACCUCACCUGGAACAUGGAUCUUAUCAUUCAGUGUCAGGACCUGAGUGACGCCCAGUGGACGGAGCUCCUGCCCCGAAUCCAGCAGUGCCAGGUGGUCAGGCUGGAUGACUGCGGCCUCACGGAGGCGCGGUGCAAGGACAUCUGCUCGGCCCUCCAGGCCAACCCCUCGCUGACCGAGCUGAGCCUCUGCAGCAACGAGCUGGGUGAUGCCGGGGUGCAGCUCGUGCUCCAGGGCCUGCAGAGCCCCAGCUGCAAGGUCCAGAAGCUCAGCCUCCGGAACUGCUGCCUGACGGACACCGGCUGUGGGGUCCUGCCCGAUGUGCUGUGCUCCCUGUCCACCCUGCGCGAGCUGCAGCUCAGUGACAACGUGCUGGGGGACGCAGGCCUGCGGCUGCUCUGCAAAGGACUCGUGGACCCCCAGUGCCACCUGGAGAGGCUUCAGCUGGAAUACUGCAACCUGACGGCCGCCAGCUGCGAGCCCCUGGCUGCAGCGCUCAGGGCCCAGAGGCACAUCAAGGAGCUUGCAGUGAGCAACAAUGACAUCGGCGAGGCUGGCGUGCGGGCACUGUGUCAGGGCCUGGUGGACUCUGCCUGCCAGCUGGAGACACUCAAGCUGGAGAACUGCGGGCUCACGUCGGCCAGCUGUAAGGACCUGUGUGGCGUCGUGGCCUCCAAGGCCUCACUGCAGGAGCUGGACCUGGGUGACAACAAGCUGGGUGACCAGGGCAUUGCCACACUGUGCCCCGUGCUGCUACACCCCAGCUCCCGGCUCAGGGUCCUCUGGCUCUGGGACUGUGACAUCACCACUGCGGGCUGCAGAGACCUGUGCCAAGUUCUCCGGGCCAAGGAGAGCCUGAAGGAGCUGAGCCUGGCGGGCAACGCGCUGGGGGACGAGGGUGCUCGGCUGUUGUGUGAGAGCCUGCAGGAGCCGGGAUGCCAGCUGCAGUCCCUGUGGGUGAAGUCCUGCAGCUUCACGGCUGCGUGCUGCCCCCACUUCAGCACGAUGCUGACCCAAAACAAGCACCUCGCGGAGCUGCAGAUGAGCGACAACAAGCUGGGGGACUCCGGUGUCCAGGAGCUCUGCCAGGGCCUGAGCCAGCCCAGCGCCACGCUGCGGGUGCUCUGGCUGGGGGACUGUGAUGUGGCCAACAGCGGCUGCACCAGCCUGGCCGCGCUCCUGGCGGCUGGCCGCAGCCUGCGGGAGCUGGACCUCAGCAACAACUGCAUGGACGACCUGGGCAUCCGGCGGCUGAUGGAGAGCCUGGAGCGGCCUGAUUGUGCGCUGGAGCAGCUGGUCCUGUAUGACAUCUACUGGACGCAGCAGACCGAGGACGCCCUCAGGGCCCUGACAGAACGCAGGCCAGGCCUGCGGAUUAUCUCCUGAGAGGCCCAGGGCACCUCCUCCCUCCAGGCUUCCGGGCUGAGAAUGAAGACGCUGUUCCCAUCAACGGACUUCUGCAGGAGAGUUUGAGACGCUUUAUUAAAGCACUUUUUUUGGCAGGA